AUGGCUCUGAGUGAGCGCGGGGGAACCUCGACCAGACUUGCACUUCCCUCGGACGCUCAAAGACAAACAUCAAUGGCGACCGACUCUCAUGCCAUCGUCUUCGGGGCAGCUGGACUGCUCGGAUGGGCGACCUUGAACCAGCUGCUUUCGUCCCGCCGCUUCUCUCGGGUCACCGCCGUCCUCAAUCGGCCCGUCUCGGAGGCUGAUCUCUAUCUGCCUUCAGGACCGAACCGGCCUUCUUUUGGGCUAGUUUCGGGGAUCAAUUUGCUACAGGCCACCGGCGAUGAUCUAGCGACGCAACUGAAAGAAAAGGUCCCGGACGCCGAAGGGAUCACCCACGUCUUUUAUUUCGUCUUCGCGCCGUUCGACGAUGACCAUAUCCAAGAGUGUAACCAAAACUGCGGGAUCAUGCAGCGACUCGCCGACGCGUUGAACAUCGUCGCCCCGAGGCUCCGAUCGUUUGUGUAUCCCGGCGGAUCCAGAGGCUACGGGAUUUACACUCCUGGUGGUGUCUUCCAGCCACCACUCGAAGAAUCCAUGGCCGACAGCUUACCAGAAGACUACGCCAAAACAGUCGCAUAUCCAUGGUUCCGAAAGAUCUUAACCGAAGCCAGCAAAGAGCGCAAUUGGACCUGGACUGAGGUCUGCCCGGAUGCAGUGGUUGGGUUUUCUCCCAACGGCUCUGCGUACUCUCUUGCCCUGCACUGGGCGCAAUACCUUUCUUUAUAUGCAUAUAAUCAUAGAGGCUCCACCGACGAACAGAUAGAGGUCCCGUUCCCCGGAAGCGAAGCGGGUUAUCGGUCGCUGUACACGCCUGUGUCGGGGGAAAUCCUCGGUCGCAUUGCAAUCCAUGCAGCGCUGCAUCCCGAGUCAUGCGGUGGGAAGAUAAUCAACAUGGUGGACAACGACAUGCCCGUCAGCGCUAGCGACCUAUGGCCGGUCAUCGCAGCCUGGUUCGGGCUCAAAGGGGUUGGACCCGCGGACGACGACGCGCUGAAACCAAGUGAAUAUAUCGACAAAUACCGCCAUCUGUUUGCUCAGAAUGGGAUUCCAAAAGGCCUGACCUGCGGCGUUGGCAUUGGGAAUAAGCAAUUGGAUUCGGUUGGAUGGUGGCUUACUUUUGACCGACAGUUCAGUCCCAAGAGGUUGAGAUCGGUGGGAUUUACGGAGCAGCGGGAUCCGGCUGAAGGCUGGUUGGAAGCAUUCGAGAGAUUCAGAGAGGCGGGGAUUAUUUUCUGA